CUAAUCCAUCUGUCGUCAUAUAGGAAGUAGAGGGGUUUGUCAGAAGAACUGUAGUUCAGAGAUCAUCAUCAGGACAGAAUGGAGCACACCUUGCUCUGUGUGUUACUCUUGCUGAAUACACACAUCAACUCUGGACAAUCUGAAGAUGAUGAUGGAGUGGUGACGGCUGUUCUGACCAUACACCCCAACACCUCCCAGAUAUUCAGUGGAGAGUGUGUCACUCUCAGAUGUGUCAUACAGGGGGGAGGAGUCACUGACUGGGAGUACACAUGGUUAACACCCAGUCCAGAUCAAUGUCCACAGAAAGAACAUGAAUGUAUUAUCAGUGCAGCUGAGUUUUCCCACAGUGGUGACUACAGUUGUCUGGGUUUACAUCAGCAGCAGGAUUCUAAACGGAGUGAUGCAGUCACACUGACAGUGACACCUCUGCCCAAAGCUUCACUGACUGUAGAACCAAACCCUGUGUUCCCUGGAGAGACAGUUACUCUGAUGUGUUCAGUAGGGUCUGACAGUAUCUGGAACUAUCAGUGGUACAAAGACAGGAAUGAUAAUGUAGUAUCCCAGUCUGUCAGACACACUAUAACAGGAGACACCCUCACCAUCAGUAGAGCUGCUGAGUCUGACCAGGGUCUCUACUGGUGUCAGGGAGAGAUCCAGUCCAGAUCCAUAUCAAUCAUCAGUGAUCUUGUCACCAUCACUAUGAAUGCUCUGCCUGUGGCCUCAGUGAGUGUCUCUCCUCAGGGUCUCCUCUACUCUGGAGAGACAGUCAGUCUGCAGUGUGUCAUACCAGGCUACACAGACUGGAGGUACUACUGGUACAAAAACAACCAACACCUUCCUGAUGAGACCAGUAAAGUCAUCGAUAUCACCAUCCACACCACUCAGACUGGUCUGGUUGGUCAGUACAGAUGUGAGGGGACGAGGACAGAUCAGCCGCAGAGGUCACAACCCAGUGAUGACAUCACUAUCAGUGUCACUGCUCAGCCCAAAGCUACACUGACUGUAAAACCCAACCCUGUGUUCCCUGGAGAGACAGUCACUCUAAUGUGUUCAGUAGGGUCUGACAGUAUCUGUAACUAUCAGUGGUACAAAGACAGGAAUUAUAAUGUAUUAUCCCAGUCUGAGAGACACACUAUAACAGGAGACACCCUCACCAUCAGUAGAGCUGCUGAGUCUGACCAGGGUCUCUACUGGUGUCAGGGAGAGAUCCAGUCCAGAUCCAUAUCAAUCAUCAGUGAUCUUGUCACCAUCACUAUGAAUGCUCUGCCCAGAGCCUCAGUGAGUAUCUCUCCUCAGUUUGUCCUUUACCCUGGAGAUACAGUCACUCUGCAGUGUGACAUAUCAGACUACACAGACUGGACGUACCACUGGUUUAAAGACAACCAACUGCUUCCCAGUCCGACCAGAAAAACCAUCACCUUCUCUCUCCUUGACAAGGCUGGUCAGUUCGAGUGUGUUGGGACGAGGGGAGGUCGGCCCCAGGAGUCAUAUCCCAGCUUUUCUCUCCCCAUCAUCAUCACUGCUCUGCCCAAAGCUACACUGACUGUAAAACCAAACCCUGUGUUCCCUGGAGAGACAGUUACUCUGACGUGUUCAGUAGGGUCUGACAGUAGCUGGAACUAUCAGUGGUUCAAAGACAGGAAUUAUAAUGUAGUAUCCCAGUCUGUCAGACACACUAUAACAGGAGACACUCUCACCAUCAGUAGAGUUACUGAGUCUGACCAGGGUCUCUACUGGUGUCAGGGAGAGAUCCAGUCCAGAUCCAUAUCAUCAAUCAUCAGUGAUCCUGUCACUAUUACCCUGAAUGCUCUGCCCACCGCCUCAGUGAAGAUAGCCACUCCACAGGGUCUCCUCUACCCUGGAGAGACAGUCACUCUGCAGUGUGACAUAUCAGACUACACAGCCUGGACGUACCGCUGGUUCAGAUACAAUAAAGAGCUUCCCAUUCAGACCAGAAAAACCAUCACCAUCUCUCUCCCUGACCAGGCUGGUCAGUACAGGUGUGUUGGGACGAGGAGAGGUCGGCCCCAGAUGUCAUAUUCCAGCUCAGCUCUCCCCAUCAUCGUCACUGCUCUGCCCAAAGCUACACUGACUGUAAAACCCAACCCUGUGUUCCCCGGAGAGACAGUUACUCUGACGUGUUCUGUAGGGUCUGACAGUAUCUGGAGCUAUCAGUGGUACAAAGACAGGAAUGAUAAUGUAGUAUCCCAGUCUGGUUACAGUAACAUUGGAGUCUCUCACACCAUCAGUAGAGCUGAUGUGUCUGACCAGGGUCAGUACUGGUGUGAAGGGAACAGAGUAUCUAGACCCACAUCUUCACAACCUAGUAAUGCUAUUACUCUCACUGUAAAAGAUAAUCGUCCGACAGCUACACUGAGUUCUGACAAAGAGGACAUAUUCACAGGAGACAGUGUGACACUGAGCUGUACUGUAGAGUCUUCUGGAUGGAAGUUUUACUGGUACAGACACAGACCAGACUCUACACCAGUAACCACAACCUCUGGAUACUCCUACACACUCAGCUGGGUCAGUGUCUCUGAUGGAGGACAGUACUGGUGCAGAGCUGGGAGAGGAGACUCAGUCUACUACACCCUGUACAGUGACCCAGUCCAGAUAAACAUUACUGAGAGACCUGUUGCUGUUCUGGUCCUCCAACCCAACUGGACCCAGAUAUUCAUUAAAGAGACUGUUACUAUGAGAUGUGACAUACAGGGAGGAGGAGACUCUGACUGGAACUACAGAUGGUAUAAGAAUAGUCAGUUAGUGAUCCCCUUUAGCACAAAGCCUGAGUACAGAAUCAGUCCUGUCUACAGGUCUAACAGUGGUUCAUAUACCUGUGUGGGUGUAAAGGGCAACAAGAUCUCCAAGACCAGUGAAGCUGUACAACUGACCGUGUCUGAUCAACCUCAACCUGUCCUGAGUAUCUCUCCUCAGUGGCUGAACCCUGGAGACUCAGUGACUCUGAGCUGUGAAGUUGACAAGACGUCUACAGGCUGGAGGUUCUCCUGGUACAGGACUGUUCCCUACAGAGCUGGGUUACCCUCCCUAUCAGACAAGUCUUACUCUCUACAGCCCCUAUCUGACAAUCGGACUAGUGAAGACUCCUACACUCUGAUCCCUGCUGGUCCUACUCCCACAGGAGGAUAUGUGUGUAGAGCUGGGAGAGGAGACCCAGUCUAUGAUACACUCUACAGUGAACCUCAGUUUCUCUGGUCAGGAGAUCUGCAGCCUUCAGUGUCUCUUACAGUAAAUCCCAACAGAACUCAGCAUUUUAGAUCAAAGUCUCUCUCACUGAGCUGUGAGGAGAAGGGAAACUCUACUGGAUGGAGACUGAUGAGAUACACAGAGAGAGGAGUAGAGUCAGGGUGUGUCUCUAACUGGGGAUCAAUAACAGGGUCUACAUGUACCAUCAGCUACACAUACACAUGGUACAGUGGAGUGUUCUGGUGUGAGUCUGGAUCAGGAGAGUACAGUAAUGCUGUCAACAUCACAGUAAAUGAUGGUGAUGUGAUCCUGGAGAGCCCUGUCCAUCCCGUGACUGAAAGAGACUCUGUGACUCUGUGCUGUAAAUACCGGACAAUCAGAUCAAACUUCAAGGCUGAUUUCUACAAAGACGGAGUACUCAUCAAGAAUGAGACCACAGGAGAGAUGACCAUCCCUACAGUAUCCAAGUCAGAUGAAGGAUUCUAUAAGUGUAAAUCUGGUGAAGGAGAAUCACCAGAUAGCUGGGUGACAGUAAGAGUCUCUCCAGUCGUAUCUCCUGGGUCCUCUACAUCAGUCCUAGUAGGAGUGGUUGUGGGUCUGCUUGUUGCUGGUGUCAUACUGGUCAUUAUCCUGGUCCUGCUGGUGAGAUAUCAAAACAGAAAAGGUUCCUGUUUCAACAGAAUAUUCUGGCCCCCUCAGCCCCAGAGAACCAACCAGGACCCCCAACAGGACCAAGGAUCUGGGUAUACACAUCAGCAGCAUGGUGACGCUAACAUCUAUGAUACGAUCAAUUCCUCAGACAACAAUGAUAAUGAUGCUGCUGGUGCUUCUGCUGCUGGACCAAGUCAUGUGACUUACGCCCAGAUUCAACUGAAAAAGUUGGACAAGAAAAAGAAAGAAAAGCUAGCUGAUCCAGCUAAAAAUCCAGUCUACUCUGUGGUGAAAACAGGGAAAGCGACAGCAGCAGCUGGACCUGUUGAUGUCACCUAUGCUGCGGUGGACCUCAAAAACAAGGCCAAAGCCAAGAAGAAGAGAGAAACAGCAACCCCACCUGAGGCAGAUUCAGUCUAUUCUCAAGUAAAGCCACGCACAGCCCCCGCAGCAGCUGGACUUGUUGAUGUGACCUAUGCUGAGGUUGACCUCCAAAAGAGGGUCAAACUCAAGAAGAAGAGAGAAACACCAACCCCGCCAGAGACAGAUUCAGUCUAUUCUCUAGUGAAUCCAUACACUGACCACGCAGCAGCUGGACCUGUUGAUGUGACCUAUGCUGAGGUUGACCUCCAAAAGAAGAACAAAGCCAAGAAGAAGAGAGAAACAGCAACCCCACCAGAGGCAGAUUCAGUCUAUUCUCGAUUGAAGCCACGGUCAUGCCCCGGUCCUUGAGGGAGAUGGAGGGACACACCAUCAGAGGAGGAGCAGGAGAAACCUGGGAAUAUAGAUUCUUCACACAUGCGCGCACACACAGACAUGCAAGCACACCCACAGAUACACACACAUAAAGGAUUUAUAUAUAUAUUUCAACAAAUAUAUUUGAUUUAAUAUUGGUUUAACUGCAACAGGUUUUUAAACAAUGAUAUGGUGUUAUGAUUAUUAUCUGCAGCUACAGCAAGUGUAUUGUGUAUUGAAUUGUUGUGUUGUAAAUCUAUUGACAUGUAUUGUCUUUGGUUUGAUACUUCUGUCACUCAGAUGACAGAAUACUACACUACACAGCCAAAAGUAUGUGGACACACCUUAAAAUAAGUGGAUUCUGCUAUUAUAGCCACACCCCUUGCUGACGGGUAUAUAAAUUCGAGCACAGUCAUGCAAUCUCCAAAGACAGACAUUGGCAGUAGAAUGGCCGGUACUGAUGAACUCAGUCACUUUCACCGUAGAACCGUUAUAGGAUGCCACCUUUCCAACAAGUCAGUUCUUUAAAAUUUCUGCCCUGGUCAACUGUAAGUGCUGUUAUUGUGAAGUGGAAACGUCUAGGAGCAACAACUGCUCGGCCGUGAAGUGGUAGGCCACACAAGCUCACAAAAGCAAAGUCAGCACAAGAACUGCUAGUCGGGAACUUCAUGAAAUGGGUUUCUACGGAUGAGCAGUCGUACACAAGCCUAAGAUCACCAUGCGCAAUGCCAAGCAUCAGCUGCAGUGGUGUAAAGCUCACCACCAUUGGACUCUGGAACAUUGGAAACGUGUUCUCUGGAGUGAUGAAUCACGCUUCACCAUCUGGCAGUCAGACGUACGAAUCUGGGUUUUGCGGAUGCAUUGUAACACUCCCUGCCCCUAUGCAUAGUGCCAACUGUAAAGUUAGGUAGAGAAGGAAUAAUGGUGUUGGGAUGUUUUCAUGGUUCAGGCUAGGCCCCUCAGUUCCUGUGAAAGAAAAUCUUAACGCUACAGGCUACAAUGACAAUCUAGACGAAUAUGUGCUUCAACUUUGUGGCAAUAGUUUGGGGAAGGCCCUUUCCUGUUUCAGCAUGACAAUGCGCCCGUGCACAAAGCGAGGUCCGUACCGAAGUGGUUUGUCGAGAUUGGUGUGGAGGAACUUAACUGGCCUGCACAGAGCCCUGACCUCAACCUCAUUGAACACCUUUGGAAUGAAUUGGAACGCCGACUGCGAGCCAGGCCUAAUCGCCCAACAUCAUUGUCCUACCUCACUAAUGUUCUUGUGGCUGAAUGGAAGCAAUUCCCCACAGCAAUUUUCAUACAUCUAGUGGAAAGAUAUCCCAUUAAAGUGGAGGCUAUUAUAGUAGCAAAAGGGGGACCAACUCCAUAUUAAUGCCCUUGAUUUUGGAAUUAGAUGGUUGAUGAGCAAGUGUUCUCAUACUUUUGGCCAUAUAGUGUAUAUACUGAACAAGUGUCACGCCCUGACCAUAGAUUGCUUUGUAUCUUUCUAUGUUUUGUUUGGUCAGGGUGUGAUGUGGGUGGGCAUUCUAUGUUGUGUGUCUAGGUUGUCUGUUUCUAUGUGUUUGGCCUAGUAUGGUUCUCAAUCAGAGGCAGUUGUCAGUCGUUGUCUCUGAUUGGAAGCCAUAUUUAGGUAUCCUGUUUUCCUUUGUGUUUUGUGGGUGGUUGUAUCCUGUGUUAGUGUUUUCACCAUACGGGACUGUUUCGGGUUAUUUGUUUGUACUUUUGUUAUUUUCGUUCAGUGGUCUGUUUGAUUUAUUAAAUUAUCAUAAUGGAAACUUACCACGCUGCAUAUUGGUCCGAUCCUUGCUACUCCUCCUCAGACGAAGAGGACGAAACCCGUUACAACAACAACAUAAAACACAACAUGUAAAGUGUUGGUCCCACGUUUCAUGAGCUGAAAUGUUUCAUACACACAAAAAGCUUAUUUCUCAAAAAUGUUUUGGUAAAAUGUGUUUACAUCCCUGUUAGUGAACAUUUCUCCUUUGCCAAAAUAAUCCGUACACGUGACAGGUGUUAAACAGCAGGAUCAUUCCACAGGUGGUGCUUGUGCUGGGGACAGCAAAAUACCACUCUAAACUGUGCUGUUUUGUCACACAACACAAUGCCAUAGAUGUCUCAAGUUUUGAGGGAGUGUGUAAUUGGCAUGCUGACUGCAGGAAUGUCCACCUGAGCUGUUGCUAGAGAAUUUUAUGUUUAUUUUUCCACCAUAAGCCGCCUCCAACGUUGAUUCAGAGAACUGUCCUCACAACUACGUGUAACCACGUCAGCCCAGGACUUCCACAUCCGGCUUCAUCACCUGUGGGAUGUUCUGAGACAAGCCACACGGACACCUGAUGAAACUCUGGGUUUGCACCAAAAAAUUGUCAGAAGCUGUCUCAGGGAAACUUAUCUGCUUGCUCGUCGUCCUCACCAGGGUCUUGAACUGACUGCAAUUUGGUGUGGUAACCGACUUCGGAGGGCAAUGCUCACCUUCGAUGGCCACUGGCACGCUGGAGAAGUUUGCUCUUCACAGAUUAAUAACAGUUAAAACUGUACUGGGUAUGGCAUCCUGUUUGUGAGCGGUUUGCUUUUGUCAACGUUGUGAACAGAGUACCCCAUGGUGGCUGUGUUUUUUAUUUUAUGUUCAUUAUUGUUUUUUACAUACAUUUAUUUAACUAGGCAAGUCAGUUAAGAACAAAUUCUAAUUUACAAUGAAAGCCUAGUAACAGUGAGUUAACUGCCUUGUUUUGGGGCGUAAUGACAGAUUUUCACCUUGUCAGCACGGGGAUUUAAUCCAGCAACCUUUCGGUUACUGGCCCAACACUUUAACCACUACGCUACCUGUCACCCCGUUAUGGUAUAGGCAGGCACAAGCUAUGGACAACUAACACAAUUGCAUUUUUUUUACUGGCAUUUGAGAUCCUGAGACCCAUUGUAAUGCCAUUAAUCCGCCCCCUUCACCUCAUGUUUCAGCAUGAUAAUGCAUGGCACCAUGUCUCAAGGAUCUGUACACAUUUCCUGGAAGCUGAAAAUGUUCCAGUUCUUCCAUGGCCUGCAUACAUUACAUUUUUUCUUUUUUGGGGGGUGGGGGACAAUGCAAAUAGUCCGUGUAGCCAUUAGCUGUUCAGCAGUCGUAUGGAUUGAGGGUCGAAGCUGUUAAAGAAGCCAUACUCACCAGACAUGUCAGCCAUUGAGCUUUCUUUGGGAUGAUCUGGAACGACGUCUACAACAGUGUGUUCCAGUUCCCAGCAAAAUCCAGAAACUUGGCACAGCCAUUGAAGAGGAGUGGGACAACAUUCCACAGGCCACAAUCAACAGCCUGAUCAACUCAGCCGCGCUGCAUGAGGCAAAUUGUGGUCCCACCCGAUACGGACUGCUUUUCUGAUCCAUGCCCCUACAUUUUUAAAAAGUAUCUGUGACCAACAGAUGCAUAUCUGCAUUCCCAGUCAUAGGAAAUCCAUAGAUUAGGGCCUAAUGAAUUUAUUUAAAUUGACUAAUAUCCUUAUAUGAACUGUAACUCAGUAAAAUCUUUGAAAUUGUUGCAUGUUGAGUUUAAAUUUUAAUUCAGUGUAUUUGUGUAUACAUUUCACAGAAUAUUAUAAUUUGUUUUUAAAGAAUACUUUUACAAUAUAUUUGCUUUUGUAAUUCACUUUUUUUUAUCAUCCCCAAGAGGGCAUAAAUGCACAAGUAAACGGUUAUAGUCAACCCAUCCAUACCAUCUUCUAUCAGCCUUCCUUUCAGCCUAAAAUAGUUUUUGUGUGAGUUCAAUGUGUGAGUUCAAUGUGUGAGUUCAAGAGACAAUCUGUGAUUGGUACAUCCAUUUGGGAAUCUUAAAGAAUAUAACUUGUAAAUGCCUCAUGAGCUUAGUUGCCAAUUGAGAUUUUCAUAAUUCAUUUUUAAAUAAAGGUGUUUAAAUGGA